UGAUGAAGAUGUGACACGGUAGGCCAGUGAGUCCAGCGCUGAGAACAUCCUCACGCUGAGCACACGGGCUUCAGAACAGAGCAGUCAGUGCGAGCACUUGAACGCACGGAGGGGGAGGAGGGCUGCGAGAGAAAACAAACCGAGAAAAUUGUUCGCCUGAAACGAAAGUACCAUUACCAAAGUGACAAUCGGCCGCCACCGUUAUUCAUUUUCGGACUGAUCGGUCCGAUUGUGAUGUACUUUUGUCGACUUCACGCUGCGGUUUGCUUCUUUCCAAGCAUCCGGUAAAAAAAAAUAAUAUGUGUCUGUGGGGCUACUGUACGGACGGCCAGUGCAGAACUGCUCUGAUGUGUCAAUAAGUUUGAGGCUGGAAUGAGAAGGCCCUGGCGUUUCGACCGGAUUUCAGGGGUCAUCUUCAUCGCAUGAUACAGCCUGACUGACAGAUCCAUCCUCAUCUUUCAAAUACCGUAUUUCCAUAUUCUGUGGCUCUGGUCAGCAGCAGUAUGAAGGGCGGAGGUGGAGGGAAAGAACCUCCGGUGGAGGGGGAGGUCAGUGGAAAGCGGCCCAAACGCAAGUGUUUGCAGUGGCAUCCGCUGCUGGCCAAGAAAGCUCCAGACUUCUCUGAGGAAGAGGAGGAGGAGGAUGAAGAGGAGCUGGAGAAGGAGCCGGUGUUAUGUGUAGAGAGUGGUGCACAGGAGGGAGAGUCUGGCGGGAUGGAAGAUGAGAGUGAGGAAUACUCCUCUGAACAACGGGCUCGCCGGCCCAUGAAUGCCUUUCUGCUGUUCUGCAAACGGCACCGUUCACUGGUCCGACAGGAGCAUCCGCGACUGGACAACCGGGGAGCCACUAAGAUCCUGGCGGACUGGUGGGCUGUACUGGACCCCAAAGAAAAACAGAAAUACACAGACAUGGCCAAGGAGUAUAAGGAUGCGUUCAUGAAGGCUAAUCCUGGUUACAAAUGGUGUCCUGCCACCAACAAGCCAGUAAAGAGUCCUUCUCACUCUGUGAGUAACGCCCGCAAGAAAGUCUGGUCUCUUCCAUCCAACCCUAGCAAGGAAUCUUCAGCUGCCAAAAAACACCCUAAAACUGACAGCACACCCCAGCUCAACUUCGCCAUGGCUGAUCCCAAUAAGAUGGGUGGCUUAAGCAUGCUGCUGUUAGCAGGGGAGCACGCACUUACUGCUAGAGAGAUUUCCUCCAGCUCUUCCCAGACAGGAUGCGCAGAUGUUGUUAAGCACACUGGGAAAUCAGCCCUUUUCCAGCUGGCUGAGAUUUCUUCCAGUCCAGUGCAGCCAGCUGGGGGAAGUAAAAACGCUGAGGACACAAGCUCUCUCACACAUGUAGAGGCCUCUGGACCAUCUCAGCCAAGUUCACCAGACCUGCCCAAGAGUUGUGUUAAAUCACCCUUGUUUCAGCUGGCUGAGCAGAUCUCCUCCAGUAGGCCUCAGUCAGCGUCUGAGGGGAGGCAGUGCGGCCAGUCGGCUCUUUUCCAGCUCGCAGAGAUGUGUUUGGCUUCUGAGGCUGAAAAGAUGGAAGCUCGAUCCUCCCAGCCCUCUGGUGGUUCCUCCUCACUCUGUGCUCAGCACAGCUUAAGUAGCAGAGUCACCGAAGAACACGAAGACACUGCUGAACUUCCUAUCACCACAACAUCAUCAGCAUCUUCCUCAUCAUCCUCUACCUCUGGAUCCACCUCAUCAUCCCCUACUGACACCACCCCAUCUUAUCUCAGCCCGUGUAAGACGCUGAAGAAGAAGAAAAAGAAGAAAGAAAAUAAAGACUCGUAUGAAAAUCCUGCAUCGCCCAAAAAGCCGAAGAAGCGACAUUCGCCCGAGUCGGACCUGGACAGCGUGAUGUUCACCAUCGAAGCAGUAGCAAAAGGUGCUUGGGGCUCGGAAGAAACACCAAGGAAGAAAGCUCAUCCCUCAGAGAGUGAGAGCAGCCCCAUAAUGGACCAAUCUCCAGCGGUGAAGAAGAAAACAAAACCUAAACCGAAAAAGCAAUUGAAGUUAAAAGACGAUGACGCGGAGGAAGAAGAAGAAGGGGAUGAAGAGACCUAUAAACCACAGGACGUAGAGAUGAAAACUGAAGAAGCUCCUCUGACCCCUAAAGAUGAGUGUGAGAAUGAGCCAGACAUGAAGGUGGAGCCCCCUGUUGGUGUGGAGGACACGACACCACACUGCUCUCCUCUUCAUCCUACAGAACUGGAGGAGAAAGACACAGACUCCAAACCACCUCAAACCAGACAGGAAGAUAGAGAGCAAGAGGUUAAGCCAGAGACCUGUGGGUCCAGGAAGUCAGAGCGAAGCUGUAAAGGCGCGCUUUAUAAGACUCUGGUGUCCGAAGGGAUGCUUACAUCACUGAGAGCAAAUGUGGACAGAGGGAAAAGAGGUUCACUGCGAGGAAGUGUGUCCGAUCAUGAGGGCGGCUGGAAUGACGAGAGCUGGGGAUUUUCUCAAGCUGCUACCAGCAACCCAAAAAAGCUCAAGAAGUCUAAGUCUAAAGAAGAAACCACCCCAGGACUAGGAAAGCUUGAAGAGGAGUUUGAGAAAAAGUUCAACAGCUUGCCGCAGUACAGCCCCCUGACUUUUGACAAAAAGAGCGUGGCGAUAACCAAGAAGAAAAAAAACAGUACGUCCAGCCCUCCUGAACCACCCAAACCCUGCAAGGGUUCAUCUUCAUCUCAGAAAAAGACCUUAUUCCACAAGAUAGUGAACAAGUACAAACACAGGAAGGAGAAAUCCAGUGCCACAGACAAAGACGUUGUCCCAACUGACCCAACUGUGGGUGCAGAAACAAGUCCAGUGCUGAAGUCGGGCAGUCCAUGCAUGUCUCCCUCUCCUGAACCCCAGAAGGUUCUGGAUACGCCUGUGGGCAGUCAGAAGAGGAAGGCCAGGAAGAGUAAAAUCACACACUUGGUGCGCACGGCUGAUGGCCGAGUGUCACCUGCACAGGCAGAAGAUAAAUCCAAGGAUCAGACCAAGAAUCAGGAUGAAAAGCCAUUCUCUCAAGAGACAUUAUGCAAUAGGGGGGUCUGCUACAAUGACCCCAUAUCAGUGGAAUCGGACGUGACGGAUGCGUCCGGCGGCCUGCCGGCUUUCUUCAGCUUGGCUGCUCUGGCUGAGGUUGCAGCCAUGGAGAAUGUGCACAGAGCCCAGCGUGCUGUCAGCAUCCCCACUGAAGGUCAAGUGAAGGACAUGGCUCCUGUGCUGAUUUCCUGUGCGGACCAGUGAGGUCUCAGCGUGGCCCAGGACGGGUUUAGUCCAGACUGGGCUUAUGUACGGACAUGCUGGGACCUUAAUCUUGAUCCUUGGCCUCAGAUGCCAGGGGGAAAGAGCGAACAAGAGCGAGAGAGACUGGAAAGGGAUGAGGGAAGCUCUGAGCCAGAUGAAAAUGUUUUAUCCCAGAAGCUUUCACCUUACACCCAACCCCAUCCUCCCUCCCUCUCACCCCCUCAGGGCCCUGGGGGAGCCAAUUCUGGUCCCUAUGCUUAUUUCCUCUGGUGGCUCUGGACCAGUUAUCAGACUUUACAAUCUGCAAGAAAUAUCUACUAUUUAAGGUCAAGUUUUGCCUACAAAAAGUGCAUUUGAAGCAAGUGCUCCCUCUUUGUCUCUCUCAAUAUCUUAUGGUUCUGUUCCUGGUCAGCUUCAUUGCACAAAAGUCUUUCUCACACAGCAGCGUACACCUUCUCUCGGUCAGAGGAAUGUUUUGUGGUUUCCUGCCCCCCUUUCUUGCUCUGAAUCUUACAUGGUGAAGAGAAAGAGUUUUUUCAGACUGCUUAACCUCAGCCUCAUACCUCACAUACCUGUUCAGAUUCGUUCUCUGCACAGAAGCACCACCUUCAGCUUCAUAAUGCACAGUCGAUACCUAGAUGCCUCUUUCUUUCAAGCAAUGACCCUCAAUGUGUUCGGUGCCUCUGUAGAAGACAGUUGUUCAGAGAUAAAACACCUGUUUUCCAUUCACAGACAGCAGCGAUGUGUUGGGGGGGAAGCCGGAUGUUUGCGCAAGCUGUGCUGCGGUUGUUGAGCAGGGUCCAAAAUCUCACUCACACUUCACAAAGCAUUGAAUAUUUUAUUAUAUUAAUUUACAUUGCCGUUCAAAAGACUGGGAUCUGUAAUAAUGUUUAUGAAAGAAGUCUCUAAUGAUCACCAGUGUUGUAUUUAUUUAAUCAGUAAUUGAUACAGUAAAAAAGGGAUAUAUUCUAAUAUUUUCUUUUUUAAUAAUUUAUUUAAUAUUUUAUAAAUGUAAUUUAUUCCUGUGCUAGCAAAGCAUCAUAACUUCAGUUUUCAGUGUCACAUGAUCCUUCAGAAAUCAUUCUAAUAUGCUGAUUUGGUGCUUAAGAAAUAUUUCUCACCAAUGAUGAAAAUAGUUGUGCUGCUUAAUAGUUUUGUGGAAAUCUUGAUACUUUUUCAGUUUUCUUUAAGUAGAAAGUUUAAAAGCAAAGCAAUUAUUUGCAUUAGGAAUGUUUUGUAACAUCAUAAAUGUUAGUCACUUUUGAUCAGUUUAAUGCAUCUUUGCAGAAUAAAAGUAUUAAUUUCUUUCAAAUUUUUUUAAAAAAAGAUUCACUGACCACUUUUGAACGGUAAUGUAUAUUCUUAAAAAAAAUAACAUUUCAUAUACAUCUUUUUGUAAUGUGAAAUAAUCAUAAAUAAUAUUUCUGGUCUGCAAAUUUGAUUAACUGUUGGCAGAUGAAAAGAGGUAAUUUUAGACCCUGCCUACGAGUGUUUCUGACUGACUCACCAGAUCUCGCGACUUUUAGCUUUGCGCUCUUCUUGGACAUGUACAGCUAACAAUGAGUUCAUUAUCAGAGUAGUAUGGCGAUACUUGAAAGAAAAAAUGCAUUUUAUGUCAAUACUUGACCUUACUGCAGUGUGUAGCAUCUUGCUGGCUAAUCCAAAAGAGUGCUACUCCUCUCUAAUAUAGUUUAAUAAUAGACACUGCACUAAUUUUUAGCUACCGUAGACGAUGCUUUUAGUUGUCGUUGGCUUUCGUUAUAGUAGCAAGUUUUGUUUUUGUUUUAGUGUUAAGUUAGCUUUUGUAUCAUCACUGAGAUACUCAGCCCUCGUUUUUUUUUCCUGUACCUGAGGCUGUAGGUGCCAUUCCAGCUAAACAUUUUGCUGAUUCUGUCCAUUCCUCCAAGCACACGGUGGGAGAGAGUUUGAGAGGAAAAGAAAACAGGGAUUGACGUAGAAGAAAAAGGCGUUUUUCUCUCUCUCUUUCUCUCACAGACACACACAGACACCUUGAAUCGUGGGAGUCAGCAUAGCAUGUUCUCCUGCGACGUGCACAUCCUGUGUUUUAGGCACAUGUGAGUCAGACCCUAUCAGGGUCAUGUUCUGAACUUUCUACCAGAUCGUGUGCUGUGUGUCAAUGACACAUCACAAACAAUCAUGUUUUUAUUAGUAUGUUUGUCUGGUGAAUAUAUCUACACAAAUUCUUCAAACAAGAUCAGUUUGUCUGAGAAGCAAAAUUGUGUUUGGCUUUCCUCUCCCUUUUUUAAAACAAAAACCUCAUGACCUUUUGUUUAAUUCAUACUGAAAAAGAAAGACAAAUAAAAUUAGUUUUAUUUAUCAAGAUAAGUGGCUGGGUUUUGAUUUAAGUGAAUCUUUUUUAUUAUUAUUUUAAUAAAACGUUUCUUCACUGAUUCAUUCAGUGUGCUUUUCUGCAGGUUCCAUCAUUAUGCCAGUAAGUGUUGACAUGCAGAUGUCAUUUUGUGAGUUAUGAGGAAGUUCUGAAUCAUUUACUGUACUUAACUGAAUCUUUAAAAAACCACAAGUGUUGUUCACAACCAAAACAAGUCUUUAUUAAAAUGUGAGUGCCUAUAAAUUGGAAAAAAAGGAACAUGAAUGAUUCCUCUGCUUAAACGGAUUCAUUCAUUCAACUGAUUUGUUCGAUUUAUUCUUGUAUUAUCUUGUGCGGUUUUGCUUCUCAGGUAAUUUAAUCUUGUUUUAAGGAAGUUUGGAUAUAUUACUAGAAAACAUUUCUACUUAGAAACUGAUUCUUGCAGUGCACAGCUCCCUGGGUUCUUGGGCUGGUUCGAACCUCAGACUCCGCUUCCCGAACCCCUCCUGAGGUCAUAGGGAGCCUAGAUUAGAUAAAUGAAGGAAUACUAUAAGCCAGAUCACAGGUUUAAAAGCCGCACACUCUUUCACUGUUCAAGCUUUUUACUUUUUAAUAUGACGAUUGAUGUUCUUUUGUUUGUUUUCCUUCGAUUUUCUUCUAUAAAUGAGAAUGUCUGUGAAUUUAUGAACUUAUAACUAAUAAGGUUUUUGUACUUCUUCGAAAUACUGUAUUUAAUUUGUUCUCCUUAGAACACCUUCUGUAGGGCGCUACUGUUUUUCUUCGCUUCAUUCGUAACGUUUCGUUUAGAAACCUCAGCCUUUCCUGAGGUGUGCUCUACUGGAUCGAGACUGUUGUCAAAAGCUCAAAUACAAAUAUCUGUAUAUAUAUAUAUAUAUAUAUAUACAUACCUAUGCUUACCUGUUAAGCCAACAAGCACUGAUAAAGAAUGCACCAUCUCUAUAUGAUUAGUUUCUGCUUGUGGACGUGCACGUGCAACACAACCGCAUUGUUGCAUAUGGCCUAUGUCUGGCGUGCGUGGUGGUGUGCGAGAUCUGUGUCUGAAUGUUCCACUUUUCUGUUAUUUAUACAAUAGAGGCAUUUAUUCCAAGCCAAGGGUUUAAACCUCAGUGUAUUUUAAGUAAUAGAAAGCUUGUAGGCUGUAAUUGUGCCUGAGGCAGUCGUGAAACAUUGAUGAUGUUCACCUGAAAAAUCAGGUCCUAAUCACUUUUAUAAGUGUGAUUUUAUUAAGCUAGUUUUAUAAAUCACCUGUAUGGCCCCGCUUAUGAAACUUUCAAAGUUAUAGUAGGGUAAAAAUGUUAUGAAUUAUGAAUAAUAAGAUACUAAACCUCCUUCUCAGCUGUUUUGAAUCAGUUGAUUGUCAUUAUGUACAAUGAAUUGUAUAAAUCAGUGAUCUUAUCGUAAAUGAUCCCUUCUUCGUCAUUAGUUGGAGUGGGCGCCAUGUUUAAUUUUUACGAAAAAUCUUUGCGAAAAGUUAAACUUUGUCCACAUUUACCUCAGCAAAAUUUCACAAGCAAACUCCAUUAAUUUAAAUGUUUUAUCAUACAAUCUAGAGUUUUGCGCGAAAGCGUAAAUGUUCCUUGAAAAAAAUCACUGCAAAUUCGCUUGGUUUUAAAAUGAUUUCUGAGUGAAUACUUCGUACAUUUCUACGAAAUUGACUGUAAGUUUCCUCAAAGAAUGGUUCAUUAUGAAAAAAGCGACUUAUCCGCGUCUCUAAUGUUUGUUGUUCACAAGAAGUUACCAUAAGACGUCUUCCCUCGCGCAUAAUGCGCCUCAGACGCAAUUUAAGUUCUUCCCGGCGAUCAGGAGAUGUGUUGUACACGCGUCAUUCUCUCAGACUUUUGCCAAAGAAAAGCGAAAAUAGUCUGUAAGGGAAAUUUCAUGUUGCAGAAAGCCAGGCUUUAUUCUGCUGAGUUUAGCCAGCGGAGCUGUCUUCAGGUUUCAAAUGUAUUUUAUCAGCACAACUAAUUCUUCUAAUCUUUUCCUCUGAAUUAACCUGCAGUGAGAGUGGCGUGCAAAAUGUUGGCACCUUUUUAAUAACUAUUUUAGAAAGACAAUAUUUGCACCUUAAACCCAUACCAAAACAUCACGUUCUUAAAGGGACAGUUCACACAAAAAUUACAAUUCUGUCAUCUUGUGCUCAUGUUUCAGUAUUUGCAUGAUUCUGUGGAGCAUGCAAAAAAAAAAGAUGUUUAGAAGAAUGUUCAUGCUGCACUUUUCACAAUAAAAAAAUGACAAAAACACCAUAAAAGUGUUUCAUGUGACUCCAACUCAAGUCUUCUGAAGCCAUAAAAUAGUUUUGUGUAAACAGAAAUGUAGGUCAAUAUUGCAAACUUUUAUUGUGCUUUUUGGUGUAUGGAAAAAUGCAGCAUGGACAUUCUUUAAAAUGUGUUUUUACGCAAGAAAGGUGAAUUAGAACUACAUGACGGUGCAUCAAUGGUGCCAAAAUAAAAAAUUUGUGUGAAUUACCCCAUAAAGUUUGAUCCCAUUUCACCAGUGUCCCCUCAUGAUUGUCAUUCUUUAUCAUGACCCCUGCAUAUCCAGAGGGGGAAAUAUGUGUAUUUUACCAAAUUGUCAUUGCUAGCGAGAAUUAUAAUGCGUUGAAUGAAAACACAGCUUAUUUGAAUGUCCCCGCAUGAUGCAUCUUUAGAAUCUGAUCCCAUCCCAUGAUGCCCCAUCAUGAAUUUCACCCCUCUUUUUUCUAUUUAGAAGAUGCCUCUUAGCAAAAUGCCUCUAUAAAACAGAAAUUCCUAUAUUAGCUAUAAAGAUUAUGAUAUUACCCUUUUGUGCUAGAUUGUCUCUUGAAUGUAAUGGAUUUUGUACCUGUAUUUUUCUAAUUCCAAUCCAGUCUUUCUGUAUGCGGUGGCUUUAUAUGGAGGAAUUCUAGGCUGCUUCCUUGCGUAAAUAAUUUGUAAAAACUUCCAGUCAUCCUCGACACACAAACCCUGACCUCCGAAGUGUGCAGUGAAACUGCCACCAUCAUAUCUGACUUCAAAUAUCUUUCACUUUUACACAUUUAGACCCGAAUCAUGCAAUAUCAGCAAUCACGGAUAUCAGUUGCCAAAUGUUUCUCCGUUUCACCUUCUCGACUCGUUUAGAGUGUUAAUAACCUUGAAUAUGCACCCUGUCAACGAUGAGGAUUUUCUCUGCUCUGUACAAGAAUGUACUUUCAUGGCUUUAGAUGCAGUUGUGAUGCCGUCUUUUAAACGCUUACCUGAGAUCCUGUUCUUGAUUCCUGUAAGGAGUUUAUACUUGUGUGCUUGAUCUGAUUAUUGUCACUAGUACUGUAUGAUGCAGUGUAUGGAUCUGAUUGUUACAGCCCAGUUGUUGAUGCAGCCUUGCCUUACUGAUCCCCUGUGUAGAGAGGGACCCCUUUGCCAUUGCCCUUCUCACCGAGUCUUAUGUCAUAACACUGUCUGCUGACGCAAAUGUUAUUCUUUAAACACCUAUUAAAGUAACAUACAUAUGAA